CGGUAUGUUCAUCUACCUGGUGUUUUUCUUUGAGUAGACGCCCGGAGCCUAAUACCCAGCCCCCUCGGCGUGGUAGCAGCGAGACUAACCCUUAUUGAUUGGCACGAGGGGGAGGAGGAGGAGGGAGUGAAGGCACGGGAGGAGGAGGAGGAGGGAGUGAAGUCAGCUGACAUAAAUAUCGGCAGGUGGCGGGCGCCUGCAUGCCUGCCAGCUGGGCCGCAGACGCACGCCCGCAAUUAGCUGCAGGCGUCGUGCAGCCGCCCGGAGGAGGGACCCCAGGCCAGCUUCCCCCCCCCCGAGGGCACGGGGCUUUCUGACGGGGAGGAGCCAUCCUUGCAGGAGGGGAAGGCAGGCGUGGUCACUGUGUGGGGAGUGGAAGGCCGGGUUGCCCAGAGGGAUCGUGGCACCCUAAGCCAAGCCCUGAGCCAUGGAGGUGGAGGAGUCCCGCGUCAGGGAGUUGCACGCGGCCUACCUGUGCGUCAAGCCCACCGUUGCGGAGGACCUGGCGAGCCGCGAGGAGUUCAAGCGGGCCCUCCAGUACGCGGGCCACAACCCCACGCCCAGGUUCCUCUCGGAGCACUGGGGGGACGGCCUCACAGAAAGCCUCACCUACGAGAGGUUUUGCAGCAUUGCCGAGAAGCUCCCCGAGACGGUCAUCGACGACGUUGAAACCUUGUUCAUGAAGGUAUUUGGCGUUGCCGAUGGGAAGGUGGGUGAAAAUGACUUCCGCAAACUCCUGAUGACGAACGAGAGCCUGGGUGACCUCAGCGAGGCUGAUCUUGACUACAUCUUGCAGGACGCAAAUGUCAUUGAAAACGGGGUUGUUGAUUGCAGUAAGCUGGGGAAGGUGAUUAUGCACACCAUCAGCGAAAUGAAGCAGAUGAGCCUGCAGAAGCUAGAGGAACGUUCCAACCUCCAGCGCAUCAACUCCAAGACUUUCACGAGGAAGAAGCGCGAGAGGUUCACCGGGCCGGAGGGGAGUCCACGCUCCCUCCACCUAGUCUCGGCUCUUAACGUCGAUGGCUGGAGUGAGUCCAGUCUGAAGGGGUGUUUCUACUUGGACAAGGUGAACAUUCUGGCCCACCAGUAUUCCUUGGAGAUUACCUGCAUGGGGCCGACGGUGGUGAAAAUGACUCCAAAGGUCGGCCCCAAAGAUGCAACGGAUGAGGUGGUGGAUGCCUUGGCGUAUGUGUUUCGGGAAUCGCCAGAAGGAAUGAGGAAUUACGUUGGUUUUACAGAUAAGAGGGACAGUGAUGGCUCCUAUUACUGGCACGAUGUCCUAAAGGAGGGGCGAUACGUCGUGAUUCCCUUUACCAGCGGCUGCCGGCUGCAGGAGAGAACGCACGAGCCAGAGGGACAAAUUGAAUUGGUGGAGAGCAAGGGGAAAGUCACACUCACGCCUGAAUUCAGACUAGUCCUCGAGGAGAUCUUCCACCAAGUUGACCUCGAUGGGAACGGACGACUCAACCGCCAGGAGUUCAAUCUAUACAACUGGAGGACCUCGGGCGAAGAAGUCCAGGAUGACGAGUGGGCGGUGGUGCAGAGCAACUUUGAUGUGGAGGCCGACGAGCUGACGCUCAGUGGAUUCCUUGCCCUGCAUCAGCUGGAGGCAGAGGACAACGGAGGCGACACGGACGAUCUGUGGGUGUCACUCGAGGCCAUGGGGUACAACCGGAUGGGCCAGCAGGACCAGGCAGCUCCGUUUGUGCUGAGUGUCUUUAGCCAAGUGUGUCAGCCCACUCUCUUGGUGUCUGGCCUGAAGAGUGGUGGCCUGCUGCUGGACAAGGCCGUCAUCCGAUCCAUCAUGGAAAAUGCAGAACCCAUCAAGAUCAAAAAUAUGAUAGACCUCAUCAAGUACGAAUUCCUGGGCAAAGAUCGUGGCAGCAUCGUCAUCCAGAAUAAGGCCCACAGCAAGGUCAUGGUCCGUGUGGAUUGUUCCGGCAGCACGAACGUGGCCACGAACAGGCCAAACCUAGACUGGACUGUCGAAGUGGCUGGAAAAUCUGCAAUAAUAGCCCACCAGUUGAUGCCAAAGAAACUUGGAGAGCCUUGGAAUGUGGUUUGUGUUGAAUAUCUCAUUAAAUAGUCUUUGCUAGCAGACUUGGGCAUCUAUUAAAUGCAGCUUUACUUAUGCCUUCAUAUUUUGUUUGUAUGCUUAGCUUAUGCAUUGCUGCAGUAUUACCCAUAACAAUUGUAUACUGCAAGUCCCAUGUCAACUAUUUUUGUAACAAUGCAUAAGAAUGUUAUUUCAUAGUUUUUUCUAUUUGUUAAAUUUAGUAUUCUGAAUAUUCUUUUAUAGUUUUCAAGAUUAACUGCUUCUGACCAUGUUUUUCUUGUGUAUUUUCUCUCGCCACUGUGAUAGAAUAUCUGAAAAAUUUUCUGUGCAAGGUACAGAUUUAUGAGAGCAAAAACAUAUUCUUCAUUUUCAUUCAGAAUUAAUUCUAAUGGAAUAAUAGGAUCUUUAUGGCAUAUGAUACAUUACUUGAUUCCAACCAGUAAGCAUAGACUAUAAGUGAGAGUAGAAUUUGAGAGUUUAUAUAUGAUUAUUCCUUAGACAUGGUAACUUUGUCUAUUUAGAUAGGUCAGAUAUCUAACCUUGUGUGUGUGUGUGUGUGUGUGUGUGUGUGUGUGUGUGUGUGUGUGUGUUUGUGUGUGU